UGGGUCUCCAUCCCUAUGCGGCGCCACUGUUGCAGUCUGUUCCAAAGUAUAGAAGAGCCCCCAAACCACUCUCUCUCCGUGUCUUUCUUCAAUCCCAUCAAUCAAGGCUAGACUAGCUCACACACCCUCCAGCCUCUCUUAUUUUUCUUCUAGCUCUACUCUCUCUCUCUCUCUCUCUCUCUCUCUCUCAGGUAUGAGAAAACUGAAACCAGAAUUAGAUUUUAAUUUUCUUUGGUAUUCCGCUAACGGGUCUUUGCGUUUAGAGCAGUUGUUUAUUUGUUAGUUUGUUCUUUGCGCUCUUCAUUCAAGAUCGUUUCUUUAUGUCUUUUUUAUCAAUCUUUCUUGUACUGGGUGUCUUUGUAAACUCGGCUAUUUAAUUAUCAUCAAUUGUUAAUUUAUUGCAGACCUGGACCCUUGCAUUUCUUGGUUUGGGGUUAAUUUGGGAAGUAAAUUGGGGGUUGAUUUUCUAUUUCUUUUACUCUUAGAAUUCAUAUGCUCUGGUACUUUAGUAGCAAAAUUAAUUGUUUUGUAGUCUUUUUUGUUGUUGAAUAUUUUUCCUUUCAUAUAUUCUAUUGGAACAAACAUGUCAGUUUAACUUCUUGGAUCUACUGAGUAGAUACCACUAUUGGCUGGUAUGUCUAUGUGAGUAUGUUAACCCUAUGAAAAAAUUUACAAUAAAUCCUUAUGGCUGGAAUAUAUAGCCAUGACUGUGGUCGAAAUAAGAAUUGGUGGUAGUAAGUAGUGAAUUAUGCACUACUAGUGUGCUAAAAGAGAUACUCCGUAUUUAAUGCAUCAUAUUAUUGGAGAAAUGUCAUUUGCAGUAAAAAAAUAUGGCUUGAUUGGUGCACUUUAGCAUUGCUCAAGCUUUGAGAUUUACUACUCUUGGCUAUUUUUCUUUGUAAAUACAUAUACUGUAAAAGUUCACCUCAUAAUUUUACCUAUGUAUUGCAAGCCUUAAAAUUUUUCCUUAUUGUGCUUCUAGUUAAUUAGACAAUUGAGUAUCUUAUUGCACUUCUUCCUGAUUUUUGCAUUUUGAUUCUGGAUUUCUUGUUUGCAGCAAUAAUUUCUAAUAGCUCCAAACAGUCAAACUAUAUGUAGUUUGGAACUCCCAAAGCAAACCAAGGUGGGAAAUUUUAUGUUUUAUAUUUAUCUCAGAGGAGUAACAAUGGAGAAAAAACAACUAAAUUUCAAUGCCCCGCUCAUAUCAGUAAGGAGAAUGUCAUCAAUUGUAUCUCAACCCGAAGAAAUAAUUCGGAAGACGAUUGGCAAGACACUACCAAACAGACAACACUCUCUUCCUGCCCCAAAAACAAAAAAUGAGUUGACCAAACCUGCUGCAGUUCCCUUUGUAUGGGAACAUACUCCCGGACAGAGGAGAUCAGGAAAUGAAAGAAAAACAUAUGCAUAUGAAGAGCCUUGUUCCACUACCCCAAUGCUUCCCCCGGGCCGGACGACCCAAGAUUCUGUAAGAUUCUAUUCGGGCGAAAGGCCACGUGGACAAAACCUCUACAAGUACCAUGCAGAGUCUCUUCCAUGGAAUGAUCAUGCCGCUUUAUUGGAAACCUUGGUUGAUAGUAUGUACUGCUCCAAAGGGGGAUCUGAACCGGAAUUCCGGGAGCACUCUCGUUCUGAUUCUGAUUCAUAUGGUAUGCGAUCACCGUCAGAAUCAUUGUCAUUGAGUUGCGGUAUGAGUGGAUUAAGUGGAUAUCAAGGUCUCGAUGUGAAACCUUCUGGAACGUUCUCUGUUGACUUGCAGACCCGAGAAUUUAUGAUUAACCGGUUCUUACCUGCAGCAAAGGCCGUGGCUUUGAAAAACCCUCAGUAUGUACCGAAAAAGGAGGAACUUUUGGUCAAUGAAGAACUUAAGGUUUCCCCAAUAGAAAGAAAGCCUCCUCAUAAUAUGCCUCCACGUUAUAGUGACUUCACAGAAGAUGAUGAUAGUGAGACUGAAGAUGAAAAAGUUACUACUACACCUACUGCUAAGAAGCAGAAGCAGUGGGGUAGAUCUUGGAAGAUUUUCCCCUGGCUUUGUGUGAAGAAAUCUUUGUGUCUUUUAAAUCGUUUGCCAGGAAUAAAAACUAUAAUUCAAACUCCAGCUCAUGCCCCUCCACUUCCUCCUACAGACAUGAAGAGGUUAGCUAGGAAUGCAUAUAGUGGACCCCUUAAUGUGGGCAGAAAAGCUUAUAGCGGACCUCUCGACAAGCAAGUGUGUGAUGCCAUGUACAACAAACGGCGGUUCCAUUCCGGAGCUCUAUCGGGAGAGCUAUACAAGUGUAAUGGUGAUGAUAGAAGGAUGUCUUAUUCUAGAGAUUCACAUGGACUGUCCCCAAACAGGCAUUCCAGAAGUGGUGCAAUAUCUCCAUACCGAAAUGUAACUCCUCGGUCACCUUUCAACGAAGGCACUAAGUUCCUAGGAGUGCCAAAAGAAGAAGCCAAGACGGCGAGCGGUUAUCUUCAAGAUGCUUCUAGAAAGAGCACAGUAAUGACAACCUCAGACGAGAAAACCUUGUACGUAGAUUCUGUUCAAAAGGUUCCAAGCUCAAUGGUUGCUGCCGUAUCUGCACGGAGCAAAUCGAAGCUUAUAGGAAAUGCAACUAAAGGCAAGAAGGAUGAUCACUUGAUGAGAGAUGAUGAUGACAAAUGCGAAGUUACUACUACUACGACUACUCCAGAUUCACCUCUUCCCCCACCCUUACCCAAGAUGCCUUCUGAGUCAUGGCUUUGGCGCCGCACAUUACCUCCUAUUCCUUUGCAGAAUGUAAAGAAUCAGAGAUCAAAGUCUUCUAAUAAGGCUGUUCCUUCCAAGUGGGAGAGCAUUGUGAAAUCUUCCUUUUUACAUCGCGAUCAUGCCCGCUAUUCUGAGGAGCUUAUUCCACCGACUGCUCGCCAACAACGCAAAAGAGUUUAGAAGAAGAAGCAGCAGCAGAAUGGCUCCCCACCUUUCAAGAAUUCGAGUGUGUUUACUUACUUCCAUUAGUAUAUAUGAUGGUAUUAUUGUAUAGUUUUUCUGUCCCCCAAUACAUGAGAUCUAUCUAACACUCUUCACUUUACCCCCACCCACCAGGUGUUUUUCCCUCUACGAUCUUUUUUUAGUGAGGGUACACCAGGAAUGGAUUUUUUAUUUGUCCAUUUAUUGUGAGAUGAGAAAAGGCAGAGUUCACUCAGUGUAUGAACGAACAUAUGUGUAUAACUACUGUCUGCAUAUGGCUGCUGGAUUGGCCCAUGUCGGCUGCUGUAUUCAUUUAAUUUGUACAAGUUAAAAUGGCUGUGAAAGAUAUGCCAAAAUUAUAUAGUAGCUGCUGUCCUUUAUAUGGAGUGUACUGUAUUACUUUUUGAAUAAUACAACAAUGCAUAUAUUUACUCGUGUUUGAACUUUUAUAGAGUUUUUCUUCAAAUGUUACUCAAAAGAAACACUAUGGAUGAAAAU